AUGACCUCUGUAGAACUUGAGAUAAAUGAUCUGAAAGAAAAAGUUAAAAAAAUAUAUGUUAAUAAAAAAUUAGAUACUGAACAACAGGAGAAAACUAAAAAACUAUUGGAAAGAGAAAAAGAUUUCUUUACACAAACUAUCAGUAACAUCACCUUUAUCAAGCAAAAUCCAUAUAGGACUGCCCUUAGUAUUAAAGAUUUUUAUUAA